UUAGUUAAAGAUGGACGUGUGGCUACUUUCGGUUUUUAUUUCAGUGUGUAUGUUUACACUAAGAUCCAAUGGCCAGAUUUGUAAAAUAGCAAAUGUUCAAAUUGAUAACGAAGAUGGAAAGCAACAGUACAUUGAACUCAACCUUAAAAAGCUCGAUAUCAACGACGAAAGUAUUUGCUUAGGUUGUAAUAUAAAGGGCGAUCCAUCUAAAACCGGAGGUUAUGAUGAGUACAGUUCACACCACAGUCACUGGACCAAAACCCCUCCCACUUUCAAUAUUGUAUUCAUUCCUAGUGAACUCGUUCCAGAAUGUGAUGCUGAUGAUUUUGCAUCCUUGCCAACUGGAUUGUGUGCCCUGACUGAGUCAGAUGAAAAAAUUGCUUGUCAGGAAAAUGUAUGCAGUCUCCCAGCUGUUGAGGAGCUGGCUGAAGCUAUUGAAGAAAAACAUUUCAGCUCCCUCUUCAUUGGACACGCCCACCUGGAGCAUCAGCUUGCUGCGGCUGUUGUACAUCUAAACCUGGGCCACGCUGACAAGGCUGUUGAGGAGUUCAGCUCUCUCAUUCAUACCAACCCAACUUUAACCAUCGCUUACUUUGGAAGAGGCCUGGCUUAUGCUAGAAAAAACCUUCAGAAUGCCACCAGCACACAACUGGCCCUGAAUGACCUGACUAAAGCCAUUGAGCUGGACACAAGUCUAGCUCGGCCAGACCUCUUGAUGCACCGGACUCAGGUCCUGUUGAGACUGCAUCAGUACCAGGAAGCUUUGAAUGAUGUCACAUCGCUGCUCAAACUUCAGCCGUCUGCUAAGAUCUACUUUCUGCGUGGGGUCAUCCACCUUAUGAUGGAAAAUUUUUCCCAAGCUGAACAAGAUUUCCGCAAAAAUUUGCUGUCGUCAGACGCCAAAAUUCAGUCUCUCUCACACUUCCACCUGGGGCUGGCCCUCUACUACAGGGGAAAAGUUCGGAAUGCUGUGGAAGUGUUUAAAGAAGUGCUCAAGGAAAAUCCUGCUCAUCUGGAGGCCUGUCUUAGCUUAGCUCAAGGAUAUAAAGACCUAGGUAAUGUACGUGGAGCUUUAUCCAAGUUUAACCAGAGCCUGCACCUCAACCCUAACCAUGCCAUGACGUACAACUUACGUGGGAACUUGUUUUACAGCAGUGGGGACCAGAGAUCUGCCAUACUAGAUUACGAGAGGUGCCUGGCCAGGGACCCCCACAACGCCAACUGCCAGUACAUGAAGGCUGCCUCCAAGCUCAUGCACGGACGUUUUUAUGACGCUCUCAAGGACACGACAAAGUUGAUGGUGACCAACAUGCCAACCAUGAGAGCAUCCCCAGAGUUUCUAAGGGCUCAGUACUUGAGAGAGUACGCGAGGUACGUCCACGCUCGUCUAGACAGCCCCAUAUCUUCUAUAGAACCAGGCGCAGAUUUUAUUCCGGAAUAUUUAAAUUCUUGGACAAAAUUGAAACCUUUGGAUUUAAAAAGUUACAAGGAGCAGCCAGGUUUAAGGCCAGACAUCAGGGAUGCUGACCCCCAGUUUGAGAUCCCUCCGGCCCUGGAGUCCCUGAUUUGUCGUGCCGAGGCCCUGGGAAAAUUGUCACAAGUCAACGCUGACGGCGUCCUGACAGACCGACGACUCAACCUGGCCAUGGGGCUGGCAUCUAUCCACAUUGGCCAGUAUUUUGAGGCCAAAUGGAAAUUGUUGAAGGCUGUACAAAAACCUGGAACAGCUGCAGAUAGAGUUGUCCACAGCUGGAGAGAAUUGUUUAACAUAGGCGUGUACUACAGGAGACUUGCCAGCUUGGACCAGCCCUUCCUCUGGGUAGAAAACCUGCCAGAUUUUAAAAGUAAAGAGGGACAUAAAGCAGACAUCCCAUUUGUCAGAGGCUCUGUCACCAACCUGAAAAUGCUGCCAUAUUUUGAUCUGGCAUUCAAGCUGGCUAAGACAAUGUUGGAACAUUAUACAGGUGAUGGUGCUGUGAGCUACCCUGGGCUGGCAGAAGACAUUUCCAAAGCUGAGACCUGUGAGGAUCUACUGCUCAUUUCUAGGAAGCGUCAGAUCAACCCAAGAGGUUUUCUGGUCUCAACACAAGUGCCAUCACUACAUCGUGGGAAGGUGGACUAUAGGCUGGAUGGGGGGGUGUUGGUGCUGACAGAAGAUCUGCAGCAGCGCAUUGUUUUUGCCAUGAACAUCGUCAGCACACCAGACAGGACAGCCUCGUACACCGCGGAGAUGGAUCACCUGCUGGUGCUACUACAGGAGGAGAUACGCAAGUCUGGUCUCAACAAGGUCUCAGAUGUAGAGCUGACCAUCACACACAUUCUCUCCAUAGUCUACUAUUUUUACAAUUUGCUGCCAUUGACUAAAGGUUCAAGUGCGGUGGCCUACUCUGUGUUGAUGGGCCUUCUUUUAUCUGUUGGCCGACAAGUCACUGGCCGGAUACCAAAUGGACGGUUGCUGGACAUGGAGGCCAUCUUGGCCGGGGCUCCUGAUGCAUUUGUUAUGGUGGCCAAAAAUUGGAUGGCCAUAAAAAAAACAACUGUGCCAGUAUCUACACUACCAAAGGUAAAGGACCUGCUGCCAACUGUGAGAAGUGUCUUGGAGAUUCUGACCGUCAAUACAACCAAUUGUUUGCAUUGAUUCAUUCAAGUUUAUAAUUUUAAAAUUCUGAAGAGAAAAAAAUGCUGAGAUUUCAAAAAAUUAAAAUGAUAAGCUCCAGCUGUUGAG